AUGGCAUUCCAAAAAAGCGCAUGCGGUGUUCAUCUUAGCACCCGACCCGGGGCGACAUCUUUAAUUGCAACUUGCAACAAUGAUGAAGGAUCUGGACUGGAAACUGCUCUGGUUCUGGAUGACUACCUGGGAAAUGAGGACGGUCACUUAACCUGGGGCGGACACGGUUUCAGUCAGAAAGCUCGAAACCUGAGUAUCUCUUCCGAAGGACCUAAUCAUGACCCUAUCCUCCACGUCGAUCUUGCUGGACCGGAUGGCAAAUACACAACGAGUGAAAUUGACCUGGCGGAGUAUGUAGCCAAUAUCGAUGGGGAAUUGGUGGUUCUUCCGCUAUGA